AUGGCAUGGCUCGCCUUAUUCUCGAGGGGCUGCUUGAACAUUGAUCACUCAGAGGUCCCCAAGGCACCAGUAUCUUGGUAUGGGGUGGCAGCUGUGAGUGCCUCUGCUGCAGAAUCAUUUGUUCUUUUGUUUGUAUUAACAUCAACGGCAAGCUUUUCGAGAAUAUUCGCUCGUGGUCGAAGCAAGGCUAAAGUCUUCCCUGGGUUAGACUCUGUUCCCCAGGGAUUCCAGAAGCACUAG